AUGGACGGAUCAUCCCCAGACCAGCACCUCGAUGCCAGCGCAGGCCGUGAGGUUGUCUAUUGCCAUGCCUGCGCUAGAGAAUGGUACCGCGAUGAGCGUGGGCUGCUAUGUCCCAGAUGUGGUAGCGACAUCACAGAAAUCAUAAGCCCAGACAAUGAUCCUCGAGGGUUCAAUGAGGACGGCGAUUCGGAGCCGGAAUCCCCCCCACUGCGUCAUAGAUUUCCACCUCGAGACCAUGACCACGACCAUGAUUCAGACCCAGACGAAGCCGAUAUUGAAGAACAUCUCGGAGGACCGAACGGCUUUCAUUUCCGUCGCAGCGUUAGGGGCCGCCCAGGAAUGCAACACCAUGAUCCCAACGUUGACCCAGUGAUUGAACGAUUCCUCGGAAUGAUUCAGGAUUUCCAGCCCCCGCGACGACCCGCUGCCUUCGAUCAACGACCAGAUGAAGGCCGAUAUGGAGGACCGCAUAUCCAUCGCGCUACAUUCACAAAUGGUAGCGGUAGUGCCUCCGUCACCAUCUUUUCUGGCACUGGGCCGGCGGGACUCUUUGGACCGGCACCUGGCCAGGACCGCCACGGGGACCCAUUCCAAACGUUCUUUUCCAAUGUCCUUCGGGAUGUGUCACCUCCUGUAGGAGGCCGGGAGGCAGGAGGUCCUCCUACUCCAGGAUUUGCGAGAGGGCUUCAAGAGAUUUUAAACCUGUUCAAUCCGGCACAUGCAGUUUCUGGAGAUGCCGUUUAUUCACAAGAAGCUCUGGACCAGAUCAUUACAAACCUCAUGGAGGCGCAUCCACAAUCGAAUGCUGCGCCGCCAGCGUCGACCGAGGCGCUUGCUAACCUGACUCGACGGCCCGUAGAUGCCUCCAUGUUGGAUGGUGAUUCGAAAACCGAAUGCACCAUUUGUAUAGACGACAUGAAUGUGGGUGACACGGCUGCAUUUCUGCCUUGUAAGCACUGGUUCCAUGAAGAAUGUGUCACUCUCUGGCUCAAAGAACACAACACUUGUCCGGUUUGUCGAGCAUCCAUUGAGAAGCCCGGGGACGGAAGCGACGCCAACAGGCAUGCAAGCCCACCCCCAAUCUCCGCCCAGUCUAGCGAUUUCGAUUCAUUGCGGUCGGAUGAUAUCUUUGGGAGUGGGCUGAACCGGACCGAGCCGCUCCCAAUUCCUGGAGCGGGGCCAUCUCGUCCUCCAAACCAGAGCCAGAGCCGGCUUAAUGAAGCCAUGCGUGGCCUCUCAUCACAACAAGAGCAGCAAGACCGCGAGCACAUGAGACGCAUCUGGGGCAUUUCUGGGGAACGCGGGGAACGGGAGCAAGACCGCGAUCAGCGGGAAAGGGAGAGAGACCGCAUCUGGGGUGUCCCGUCUACCAUGAGCUACGAUACUUGGCGUACGCAACGGCGAAACUCGCGAAACUCGCUUUCCCCUACGAGCCCUAGACUGUCUUCGUUUGCGGAUUAUAGAGUGCGUCCGAGACAACCCAGUCCACCACAGAGCAGUCGUCGUGACAGAGAGAACUCGGGCGCCAGCACCAGCGCCAACCCCAGCCAACAAACCAGUUCCGGACCCUUUAGUUGGCUCAGGGAUAGGUUCACGGGAGGAGGCUCUAGAGAUGAGGCUAACCGCGAAGAGCGUUGA